GUCGCAACCACAGGACCCGACGCGGUGGUGGACAUCGUGCCAGGCUCGAACCCUAACAUCAGAGGCGCGCUCUACCUGUACCGCCGCCGCCAUGGAGGUGUCGACAUCCAAGGUACGGUGGGCGGUCUGAAGCCGGGGCUGCACGGGUUCCACGUGCACGCGGUGGGGGACCUGGGCAACAAGUGCGUUGCAGCAGGCACACAUUUCAACCCUCUUAUGAAAAACCACGGCAGCCCCCUGGACUACCACCGCCACGCCGGCGACUUGGGCAACAUCAUCGCCGACUACAACGGCGUGGCUCGCAUCUCCCUCUUCGACAAACACAUAUCUCUCGACCGGAAUUCUCCGGUGUACAUCGGCGGGCUCGCCUUCGUCAUCCAUGCCGGCGAGGACGACCUGGGGCGCGGCGGGGACGCCGAGAGCCUCAAGACGGGCAACGCAGGCGGUCGCGAGGGCUGCGGCAUCGUCCAGGUGGCGCAGGCCCAGCGAUACACACAUACAAAGUCUCCCUACUACUUUUAAAAGUCUCUCUUCUUGUUUACUCCCAUGUGUCAUUUUAGACGUGGCUACCAUUGUUAUAGUAGUUAUUAAGGCCUAUAUCACUGAGGCAGCACCUUGCUGCCGGUUGUUCAAAGGCAUUAUUAUACCCAAAUUGGAAACACGCUGUAAACAAAAUAAUUCUAUGACUUUGCAACAGAUUUUAACCGCAUAUUAAAAUGUUUCAGUAAGCGACAUUUAUGUUUUUUAAUAAAGGCUUGUAUAAACGAA